CUCCAGCUCUGAUUUCAGAUCUGACGCAGAGAAGUCUCUGAAUUCUCUCAAUUUUCAGAUCCAAAUCUCGUAGACGAUGGACAAGUCUUGCACUCUGCUUGUUCACUUCGACAAGGGCACCCCUGCGCUAGCCAACGAGAUCAAAGAAGCUCUCGAAGGAAAUGAUGUACCCGCCAAGGUUGACGCUUUGAAGAAAGCUAUCAUGCUUUUGCUCAAUGGAGAGACUAUUCCCCAACUGUUUAUCACCAUCAUCCGCUAUGUGCUUCCUUCCGAAGACCACACUGUUCAGAAACUUCUCCUUCUCUAUUUGGAGAUCAUUGAGAAAACUGAUUCGAGAGGUAAGGUUCUUCCUGAAAUGAUUUUAAUUUGCCAGAACCUUCGCAAUAAUCUGCAACAUCCGAAUGAGUAUAUUCGUGGGGUCACAUUGCGAUUCCUUUGUCGAUUAAAUGAGACCGAGAUUAUUGAGCCUUUAAUUCCUUCGAUUCUGACCAAUUUGGAGCACCGACAUCCUUUUGUUCGAAGAAAUGCCGUGCUGGCUGUCAUGUCUGUCUACAGACUUCCCCAAGGUGAGCAAUUGCUCGAUAGUGCUCCGGAAAUUAUCGAGAAGUUCUUGUCCACGGAGCAGGAUCCUUCCAGUAAGCGAAAUGCUUUCCUUAUGCUCUUUAAUUGUGCUCAGGACCGCGCGGUCAGUUACCUUUUUACCCAUAUUGAUAGAAUCAACGAUUGGGGUGAACAACUUCAGAUGGUUGUCUUGGAAUUAAUUAGGAAGGUCUGUAGGUCAAAUAAAGCUGAGAAGGGAAAAUAUAUUAAGAUCAUUAUAUCUUUGUUGAAUGCUCCAUCCACUGCUGUCGUUUAUGAAUGUGCUAGUACACUCGUUUCACUCUCCUCUGCCCCUACAGCUAUUAGAGCUGCAGCUAGUACCUAUUGUCAACUUUUGCUUUCUCAGAGUGAUAAUAAUGUGAAACUUAUUGUACUUGAUAGGCUAAAUGAACUUAAGUCUACAAAUAGGGACAUUAUGGUGGAAAUGGUUAUGGAUGUUCUUAGAGCGCUUUCAAGUCCAAAUCUUGAUAUUAAGAGGAAGACAAUUGACAUUGUUCUGGACUUGAUAACUCCUAGGAAUGUUGAUGAGGUUGUUAUGAUGCUAAAGAAAGAAGUUGUAAAAACACAGAGUGGAGAGCAUGAGAAGAAUGGUGAGUAUAGGCAGAUGCUGGUGCAGGCUAUACAUUCUUGUGCUAUCAAGUUCCCAGAGGUGGCAAGCACUGUUGUGCACCUGUUGAUGGAUUUCUUGGGUGAUAGUAAUGUGGCUUCGGCCAUGGAUGUUGUCGUCUUUGUGCGUGAGAUCAUUGAAACAAAUCCAAAAUUACGUAUUUCAAUAAUCACCAGGCUGUUGGAUACUUUCUAUCAAAUUCGUGCUGCAAGGGUGUGUUCAUGUGCUCUAUGGAUAAUUGGUGAAUACUGCCUCUCCCUUUCAGAAGUUGAAAGUGGAAUUGCAACUAUUAAGCAGUGUCUUGGGGACCUCCCAUUUUAUACUCCCUCUGAGGAAGGAGAGGUGCAAGAUACAUCUAAAAGCACGCAGCCAUUGAGCUCAACCACUGUGUCUGUGUCUUCUAGGAGGCCUGCUAUUCUUGCUGAUGGGACCUAUGCGACCCAAAGUGCUGCACUGGAAACUGUUAUGUCACCACCUACCCUUGUGCAGGGUUCAUUGACUUCAAUUGGGAACUUGAGAUCACUGAUUCUGUCAGGAGAUUUCUUUCUCGGGGCAGUUGUUGCUUGUACACUCACGAAACUUGUCUUGAGGUUGGAAGAGGUUCAGACUUCAAAAGUUGAAGUUAACAGAGCAACUUCGCAAGCCUUGUUGAUCAUGGUUUCAAUGCUGCAGCUGGGUCAAUCAUCAAUUCUCCCACAUCCAAUUGAUAAUGAUUCUCAUGACAGGAUUGUCCUUUGCAUUAGAUUGCUUUGCAAUACAGGAGAUGAUGUAAGGAAGAUAUGGCUGCAAUCAUGCAGACAAAGCUUUGUUAAAAUGCUUGCUGAUAAACAGCGUCGUGAAACUGAAGAGAAUAAAGCGAAGGCUCAAAUAACUAACGCACAGCCUGAUGAUCUUAUUGAUUUUUACCAUUUGAAGAGUAGGAAGGGCAUGAGUCAGCUUGAGUUGGAAGAUGAGGUUCAAGAUGAUCUCAAACGUGCCACUGGAGAGUUCACCAAGGAUGGGGAUGAUGCAAAUAAGCUCAACCGCAUUCUUCAGCUUACUGGAUUUAGUGAUCCGGUCUAUGCUGAAGCAUAUGUCACAGUGCACCACUAUGACAUUGUUCUUGAUGUUACUGUCAUCAACCGCACCAAGGAGACCCUUCAGAAUUUGUGUUUGGAGUUGGCUACCAUGGGUGAUCUCAAACUUGUUGAGCGCCCACAAAACUAUACACUAGCUCCAGAGUCAAGCAAACAGAUUAAGGCCAAUAUCAAGGUGUCUUCUACAGAAACAGGGGUUAUAUUUGGUAACAUAGUCUAUGAAACAUCUUCAAAUGUGCUUGAGAGAACAGUUAUAGUGCUCAAUGACAUACAUAUUGAUAUAAUGGAUUACAUAUCCCCUGCAUCUUGUGCUGAUGUGGCAUUUAGAACUAUGUGGGCUGAGUUUGAAUGGGAAAACAAGGUUGCUGUAAAUACUGUAAUACAAGAUGAAAGAGAGUUCCUGAACCACAUUAUCAAGUCGACAAAUAUGAAGUGCCUGACUCCACCAUCGGCAUUAGAAGGGGAUUGUGGUUUCCUAGCUGCAAACCUUUAUGCAAAGAGUGUUUUUGGGGAGGAUGCCUUGGUGAAUGUGAGUAUUGAGAAGCAAGCAGAUGGUAAAUUGAGUGGAUACAUCAGAAUAAGAAGCAAAACUCAGGGUAUUGCCCUCAGUCUUGGGGAUAAGAUCACUUUGAAACAGAAGGGAGGUGCUUGAUUUGUCAUCUGAAACUUCUCUCCUCGGUCAGCUUGUAGUUCUAUGUCAACUUUGUGUAGUUACUUGUGGCAGCUUAACGUCAAGCCUUGGAUUCCUAAUUUUAAUUCUUGUGGCUUUUGUUGGCAGAUGAACAUUAAUUCCAAUUUUGUCUGUAUUCUUUGAUGGCACUGCAGAAAAGUCUCUUUCUAUCCAUCUUCCUUUACUACACAUAGGGUGGACACCCUAUAUUAAUAUUAAUCUAUCGAAUUACCGUCUAUUCUGGCCUUAGAUAAUUCGCUUGUGUUUCCGGAUAUUCCAACAGAGAUUUGUGCCAACUGGGUGUUCAAUAAUAUUUAGUUAUUUUUUACC